CCACACCUGCUGUGAUUACCCAAGAGACAAGUUUCUCAGAAAAGAAGUUUUCUGUCCCUACGGUCCUGAGUAGUUCCAGUCCUCAUAGCACACCAGAUACAAUUGUACAGGAAGCUAGUACUACUGAACAAAUCCUGGAUUUGACAAGUUCAUCUGGUAUAACAAAGGAAGAUGCUUUUGAUAAUAGCCUUUCUGGUUCAGCCUUCUUUGAGGGCAGCGCUAUGGAAGAAGACUCUGAAUUCAUAAUUGUCCAGGGAGGUUCAAAAAUCUUGACAACUUCAGAUUACCAAUCCAUGAUCACUGGGGACACUAAAAUGACGCAGACCACAUCAGAAGUCCUCAUGACUUCGGUUCAGAAAUCCAAUAUCACAGGGGAUUCUAUGGCAAGACCAAGUAACUAUACUUCGCAGUGUGUCUGUCCAGCAAUACCUGGUCCACCUGGUCCAAAGGGAGAAAAAGGUGACCAGGGUCCCCCAGGACAAACUGGAAAAAUUGGGCCAACUGGUAAACCUGGCUAUCCUGGCGUCGCAGGACUUCAGGGAGUACCAGGGCCACCUGGGCCACCUGGGCCACCAGGUUCAACUCUUCCUAAACCCCUAGACGUCACUGAUACCAAGGAUGGAGAAGACAAGAGAGUCUGUUAUGUGGAAGGGCCUCCUGGUCCACCAGGUAUACCUGGUCAUCCAGGCCAUCCAGGACCCCAAGGAUACCCAGGACCUGAAGGCCCCCAAGGUCCCCCUGGCCUCCCAGGACAUGAAGGCCAGCAGGGUGCUCCGGGGCUUCCUGGGGCCCCCGGCCAGCCUGGUGCUCCAGGAGCCACAGGACCCUCAGGGAUUCCAGGGCCAGUGGGGCCAGAGGGCCCUCCAGGAGUCACUGGCCCUGAAGGUCAUGCAGGCAUUCCAGGCCAGAUUGGGUCACCAGGAUUACCAGGCUUCCCUGGACCAGAAGGUCCUCCAGGAGCAAGUGGAUCUCCCGGAAAGAAUGGAUCAAAGGGAGAGAAAGGAGAGAAAGGAGACUGUGGUGAACUUGGGUUGCCAGGCAAACCAGGACAAACUGGAGAAAAAGGAGACCGUGGUGAACUUGGGUUGCCAGGCAAACCAGGACAAACUGGAGAAAAGGGAGCUCAGGGUCCACCUGGGCUAGCAGGUCCUCCUGGCUUACCUGGUGGUAAUCAGACAAGAGCAGAGUUGAAAUCCUCUGUGAAACAGCUGGAAAAGUAUAAUUCUGAAGUCAGUGUUCAAGGACCUCCUGGCCCUAAGGGUGAAAAAGGAGAACCAGGAAAAGUGGACUCUAGCAGUUGCUCCAAGGAUGCAAGAAGUGACAUUGAUUCUUGGAUAGCCUUGAUCUACCAAAAGAAAUUCAAAGAAGAUCUAGAGGCACGUGGUCCCAACCACGGACCUCCAGGCCUCCCCGGCCCUCCAGGCCCCCCUGGACCACCCGGUGUACUUUAUAUAAAUAGAGUGUACCCAGUCCGACCCAGGCCACAUUGCAAGCAGCCGGUGAACCAGGAUCCAUGUUUUGAUUCAGAUAUGGAACAACCUAUGAAGGAUUCUCCUGACAAAAGCCAGAAUGGAUAUAAGCACCCCACCUGGACCUUCAGUUCAAAAGAGCUCAUGCUGAAAUCCGCUUCUUCCAUUCCUCAAGGCAGUUUGGUCUACAUCACUGAAGACGAUGAAGCUUUCUUCAAGACCCCCAAAGGAUGGAAAAAAAUUGUGAUGGAGGAUUCCGCAUUUCAAUUUGCAGCUGAUGACCCUUUGGUGCCUAUGGUAAAUAAACAGCUUGAUGAAAGAACCAUAACAAUUCCGACAAUGGCACCAACAAGCAUCCCCCAGAGGAUUCCUUCACUCCGCCUAAUAGCACUAAAUUUCCCUUUAACUGGUAACAUGAGAGGGAUUAGUGGAGCGGACCUACAUUGCUAUCAGCAGGCCCAAGAAGCAAAUCUGCAAGGAACUUUCCGAGCCUUCCUGUCCGGAGAUUCCCAAAGCCUUAUCUCAGUUGUGAAGAGAACAGACAGGAAUUUGCCACUUGUUAACCUUAAGGGUCAGCUAUUGGCAAAGAGCUGGAAUUCCCUCUUCACUAAGCAUGGAAUUUCUGAUUUCAACACCAAGGAGCAUCCCAUCUAUGCGUUCAAUGGGCUGAAUGUCAUGACCAACUCUACAUGGAUCUACAAAGCUGUCUGGCAUGGCUUGACGCUUCAGAUAAACCAUUCCAAAACUCAAGACUGUGAAAACUGGAGAAAAGCAUCCAAAUAUUUAAGAGGACAGGCCUCUGUUCCGCUUAAGGACGUAUUCCUCCAGGAGACCAGCUGGAGAUGCACAGAUCUUCUGAUAGUUUUGUGUGUGGAAAAUUCUUUUGGUAGCACCUAGAAGGAACAUAUUAUUAGUCUGGCAGGGAACAAAAGAAGGCCUUAGUUACCAUCGAGGUUGGAACAGAUUGAAUGAGAGAGGCCCAUGCAUUAAAGUAUUAGGAUGCAAAGCACAUGUUGGGAAAUGAAGUGUGUAAAAAACCAAGGCCACUCAUUAUCUUACUGAAAGCUGCCAGACCUUCUUGCCUUUUGGUCUCAGUGUAUGGAUAGAGACAUUUUUUUAAAAAAAUAUUAUAUUUGCAUAUACACAUAUAUUCAUAUACAUAUAUAUUUUGGUCAAAAUAUGGCAUUCAUUAGUCACAAUCAUCUUUUAGAAAUAUUAAGUGCCUUUAUUUCAAUAAAAUUCCUGUAAAGGGAAUUCUGUGAUAUUUGACAAAGAGAGGUUCUGGGUCCUAGAAAAGUACUAGGUUACUAGCACAUCUACACUCUUUAAUAUCAUGCAGCUGUUACUUCAAAAGCUAAUGAGAUAAAUAGUCUAAAUAUUCACUUCCCCAGAAACAUAGCAUGCACUGAAAGCUGUGUUUCUCAACCUCAUCAACUUUAAGAUGUGUGGAUUUCAACUCCUAAAAUUCUCCAACUAGCAUGCUGGUUAUGGAAUUUAGGACAUAUCUGAAGGUUGCUGAGGUUAAGCAACACCAACCUAAAAUAUUCUUGGUCAAAUUAAAAUAUCUGGAAAAGAGCCAAAGAAAGAGAUUUUAUGAUCAUCUCCUCGGAGUAUUAUUUAGUUUCUAACAACAAUAAAGUUGCAGCUAUUCUUAUAUCUAGAUCCCAAAAACAUACAUUAAUGUCAUGCAAAAGUAGUGUCCAUGAUAUUGCCUAAAAUUUUAGGUUCAUUAUUAACAUUGAAAGAUGUUAUUAUUGAAUUUGAAUUGAAUUUAUUAUAUUUCUAUGCCGCCCUUUUCCCAGAAGGGACUCAGGGCGGCUCACAACCCAAGUAUCACAACCCCAAUGUUAUUAGCACUUUCAACAAGGCAGUCUGGAUCUCUUUUUUAACUUCUCUUCUGAGUCAAAGCCAUUUUUUUUUGGUAUAUGUGAGAACUUACUUUUUCAGCAACUACAUAUUAGAAACAUAUUCUGAAAGUCCCUACAUGGAGGUUUU